AUGGCAAUGGGGAUUGUUGGAAGGCAUGGCAUCGGUUCCAACCACAGUAAACGACCGCCAAUCCGAGUAAUCAUUCGAAUCACUGACAUGACCGAGGAGUUGCAAUUAAUGGCGGUAAAUACGGCGUCGGACGCAUUGGACAGCUGUAACAAGCCACGAGACAUUGCAAGAUUCAUCAAAAAAACAUUUGAUGAGCAACUCUAUCCCGGCUGGUUAUGUGUCGUAGGCCAAGCCUUUGGGAGUGCUCUUUCCAGUCCAGUUAAAACAACAGCUAAAAAUUUUUUCAAACAAUACUAG